GAACGCGCACCAUUGGACCACGAGACACGAGACGCUCGAGGGAUCGAUAUUACGAUUUUCGCGUCUUUCCACACUGUAAAUAAAUGAACCGCGUGACAACCAUCUGAUCAGGAUUAUCAAAAAGAACUAAUCUGUCAGAUGGAAGCGUUGGGUUACGAUAAGGAGAACCGCGAAAUAUCUUGGAACAACAACGGGCGGCCCAAGUCGCCGUACACCUUUGAAUCCCUAUUGCUGUUAGAUAACUCGUUAUUGUGUAACAUAGAACCUGAAAAUGGACUGCACGUCUCUUCAGACACGCGCGAGCCCUUCCGAGAGCACAAUGAUGGCUCGAUGGCACAAGCGUCCAAAAGGCAAGUGCAGAACGUUGCAACCGAUGCAACAACCGGAGCCAAAGUAUCGUCCGAUGUGUCCCUCAACAUGAAUGAAUGGCAGGACAGAACAUUGAUGAAUCAGAUAUUCGCACAGUUUGACUCGCAGAACGAGGAAGAAAUUGUACUAGAGAAUUGUAAUGACAUCAGCAAUUUUGAUAUGUUUGACACAUUUUGCAAAGAGGACACGAAUUCUGAAUCGGGCAAUAAUGUAGAUCAAAAUGUUGAGAAAGCACCUUCAAAUCAAUUGCAUAAAGGUACAUCAUAUCAAGGUGAAUCGAUGAACAUGUCGUAUUUGCAUAUUACGAACUUUGGUGACGACACCUUCGAAGACAGUUCUUUCAAAAAGAACGACAGCAGAGAGAGUUCGCCAAUUUUAAAAACCAAACCUAGACCCUUGAGUGAGUGUAAAAUCUUAAGAAAAAAACCUCGUUUAAAUGGCGCUGCGUCAGUGUCGAAAGAAGCUGAAAAAGAAACAGAUUCCACGUCAAAUUGUUCUUCAUUUUACGGUUUACCAGAUACUGUGAAAAAAUUGAUACACGAAGUCAAGGGAAUUUCUGAGUUAUAUCAUUGGCAAGACGAAUGCUUAAAAUUGGCCAUUAGAACCAAGAAGAAUUUAAUUUACGCUCUGCCAACAAGCGGCGGCAAAACUUUGGUUGCAGAGAUAUUAAUGUUCAGAGAGAUUAUAUGUAACAAAAAGAAUGCCAUUUUUAUACUUCCAUAUGUGGCUUUGGUACAGGAAAAGGUUCAAUCAAUGGCUGCAUUAGCAUUAAAAUUAGGUUUUUUAAUCGAGGAAUACGCUGGUACAAAGGGUCGUUAUCCACCAAUUAAACGACGAAGGAAAAACAGCAUCUAUAUAUGUACCAUAGAGAAAGCAUUAGGAUUUGUAAAUAGUUUAAUAGAAACGAAACGUUUAGCCGAGAUUGGUAUUAUAGUUGUUGAUGAAUUACAUCUGCUUGGAGAGUCUGGAGGAAGAGGAGCUACAUUAGAAGGGCUUCUUACAAAAAUAAUGUUCUUCAAUGAUAUAAUACGUGUGGUCGGGAUGAGCGCAACUAUAGGUAAUUUAAAGGAAAUUGCGCAGUUUCUUAACGCAGACAUGUAUUCUCAAAACUUUCGGCCAGUUAAAAUAACAGAAUACGUGAAAUGUGAGAAUGAUAUCUGGGUAGUCGACUUGACUAAUGAAGAAUUGUUAGCAGACAUGAGCACCAAUGAUUACAAGUACUCAGAUAAUAUAGCAAUGAUGGAUCCAGAUAGAAUUGGAGGUCUAAUAAUGGAAGUAAUACCAAAUGAUUCGUGCCUUAUAUUCUGCUCAAGUCGUAAAAACUGUGAGAAUUUAGCUUUAUUAUUAGCAAAAGUCUUGCCUAAGAGUUUGUAUAAUCAUAAAACGGACGAAAAGAAAAUCUUGUUAAACGCACUUAAGACUGAAGAAGGAUUAUGCCCCAUUUUGCAGAAAACUAUCAAAUUUGGCAUAGCCUACCAUCAUUCAGGUCUUACGUCCGAAGAACGACGCUUGUUAGAGGACGCCUUUAGAGAAAACACUAUAUGUGUAAUAUGUUGCACUUCGACUUUAGCGGCUGGUGUCAAUUUGCCAGCAAGGAGGGUAAUAUUACGCAGUCCUUAUGUCGGUAAUCAGUUCUUAAAUUUAAGUAGAUACAAACAGAUGAUUGGCCGAGCUGGUCGGGCCGGUAUGGGAGUUUUAGGAGAAAGUAUACUUAUCUGUAAAAAGGCAGAAAUCAAUAAAGUGAAAGAUCUUCUAAUUUCUCAAAUGGACGACUCGCUGAGUAGUUUACACAUAGAAAACGACAGAGGUCUUAACAAUCUGAUUCUAAGCGCAAUACAAUUAAACAUGGCAGUAACUAGAUCUGAAUUGCAUAAAUUGACAACUACAACGUUACUUAAUAUUCAACAAAAUAGAAUAGGCGUUGAUUUGAGGACAAUCACAGACGAAACGAUAACGGCGUUAUUAAAAUGUGGCGUGAUAAAAGUCAAGAGUAAAGGUAGUAAUACUGGUGAUCCUAACGUAACUGUUGUCAUUCCAUCUCAAGAAUCAACGCGCGUGGAUAAGCGAGAAAUUAAAAAGGGAAUAAAAACGAUAACAUUUACAAGUGAAACCGAAUUUCAGCUUUGUGAUCUGGGACAAGCGGCAAUGAAAGUUGCAGGGCCGAUCGAUUUGAAAACCGCAUACACAUUGUAUGAGGAUUUGAAAACAGCUCAGAAGCAUUUAAUCUUAAUUGAUAAUCUUCAUCUUCUGUACCUUGUCACACCUUAUGACAAUGUAUCUCAAAUUACUCCUGUCGGCAGUGUCUACUAUGAUGUGAUAAUGGAUUUGACUGAAAGUCAAAUGCAAGUUGCUCGACUUCUUGGAAUAACAGAAGCUACGGCAAGUAAAAUACGUGCCGGUAUAGUGCCUAAGUCUGUUGAGAAAAGAGUAGUUCAAAGGUUUUACGUGACAUUAAUAGUACAUGAAUUAUGGAAUCAUCAUACAGUUUAUUUCGUUGCUGAAAAAUACCAAAUUAAUAGAGGUGUUAUACAAGGUCUAUUAAACACGGUCUCAAUGUUUGCAUCUUCCGUAGUCAGGUUUUGUCAGGAAUUACCCGAGUUUUGGGCAUUUACGGAGAUGUUAAGUGCAUUUAGCAAAAAACUAUCUUACUGUUGUCCAUUAGAGCUAGAAAAGUUGAUGGAACU